AACAAUAUAAUUGAUACCACUUCAUCAAAACAAGAGAUUAGCAUAAUAGUUAAAGAUGGUAUUGUUGAAUGUAUUGGUAUUAAUUGUACAGUAUCAGACCAUAUUUCAUUAUAUGAAGUAAUAGAUUUAAAUGGUGGAUAUGUAUUGCCAGGAUUUACUGCUGUUGCGCCAUCUCUAGGAUUAUCGGAGAUAUAUAGAGAAUCUUCCACAAACGAUGGUACAGUGACAGCUAUAUCCAAUCCUAAUAAUGCUGAAGGAAUUAUCUACGCAAUUGAUGGAUUGAAAUUUGGCGGCAAACAUUUAGAGGUUGCAUAUAAGGCUGGAGUAUCAACUGCAGUCACUUCACCUAUUUCGUCCAAAGGCGUGUUUAUCGGGGUUUCUGUAGCAUUUGAAACCGGUGCUAGCACUAAUUAUGAUCCUAAUCCAAUCGUUAAAGAAAAUGUAGCACUUCAUGCUCAGAUAGGAACUAAAUUCAAAUAUACCACUAUACCGACAGUCUCAGGUCAGAUUGCUUUAAUUAGAAAAACGUUGAUAAAAAAUCUACGACAAAACAAUAUCUUUGGGCGUGCAGCACGCGGAGAAAUCCCUUUAGUAGUAACUACUCAUAACAAAGAUGAAAUUGCAUCCUUGAUCCGAUUGAAAAUUCAAAUUAAAAAAAAUGGUGGAAAUUUAAACCUUGUAAUAUUAGGAGGUGCUGAAGCACAUAUGCUUGCCGUUGAAUUAGCAUAUCAUAAAAUUCCUGUCAUACUCAUCCCGUUUCGACCUGUUCCAACGUCAUGGUCUGCUCAACAUGUGUUAAUGGGAGCACCUAUUACCAAUACAACAGGAAUAUAUAUACUUCACAAAAAUAAUGUUAAAAUAGGAAUAGGUGUGACAGAAUCAGGUUCGGAAAGAAAUCUAAUUUGGGAUGCUGGCUGGAUAGGAAUAAAUUCUGGAGGAGUGAUUUCUGAAAAAGAUUCAAUUGGAUUGAUUUCGUGGAACUUGGAAGAAAUUCUUUGUUUGAAUAAGAAGGAUAGAAGGUUAAUGAAAGGUAACAUUGCAAAUUUUGUAGCAUACGAUGGACAUCCUUUUGAUAUGCGUACAAAAGUAAAAAUUGUUGCUGGAGGUGGUAGGAGUAAAAUUCUUAUUAACCCUGAACAAGAUUAA